AUGGUCCAGUUCUUCCAGGACACAGAUCCUAAAGGUCAUCCCUGCACCCUCAACAGCUCAGAGGGAGGAGCCAGACCAGCAGUGCCUGAUGCCCCGCCCUCUUCUGCCCUGAGCAGGUGGCUCCAUAAUGAAGUGGCUGAGGCCCUGGUACACUUCAGGGUCACUCCUCUGCUGCUCUGGUCUGGGGUGUGUCUGUUCAUUUCUGGUCACUCUCAGGCCAGGCCCUCCCAGCACUUCUCUUCCCCAGAGUUGGUGAUCCCCUUGAAGGUGACUGGCUGGGGCAGAAAUGCAAAGGUUCCAGGCUGGCUCUCCUAUAGCCUGCGAUUUGGGGGCCAAAGACACAUUGCCCACAUGAAGGUCAAGAAGUUCUUAGUUUCCAGACCCCUCCCAGUGUUCACCUACACAGACCAGCGUUCCCUCCAGCAGGAUCAGCCUUUUGUUCCUGAUGACUGCUACUAUCACGGCUAUGUGGAGGGUGUUCCCAAGUCCCUGGUUGCCCUCAGUACCUGUUCUGGAGGUUUUCGAGGAAUACUACAGAUAAAUGAUCUUGCUUAUGAAAUUGAACCAGUUAGGUUUUCUGCCACAUUUGAACACCGGGUGUAUAGAAUAGACAUCGAUGAUGCUCAGUUCCCACGGAUGAGAUGUGGGUUAACGGAAGAGGAGAUAGCACGCCAGUUGGAGCUGCAGGAGUUGCGUAAUUUCACUCUGAUGCAAAGUUCUUACACAGGCUGGUGGACCCACUUGCGGUUUCUUGAGCUGGUAGUGGUUGUGGACAAUCUUCGAUUCAUUCACUCGGGAAGCAAUGUAUCAGUAAUACAAAAUGAGAUAGCUAAUGUUGUCAACGUAAUAAAUAGCCUGUAUCACCCUUUGGAUGUUCAUGUAAUUUUAACUGGGCUUGAAAUCUGGACUGAAGGAAACCUAAUUGCCACUGAUAACAUGGAUACAAUGUUGGAGGAUUUUGCUUUUUGGAAGUUUUUUAACCUUGAUAACCGACUGCCACAUGAUGCAGCCCAUCUUUUGGUAAAGAAAUCAUUUGGCAGGCAGCUUGGACUUGCCUAUGUUGCUGGAGUAUGCCAGUAUCCUCUUAAUUGUGGAGUUGCUGCUUUUGAAGAUGAUAGUCUGUAUGAUUUUGCAGUUAUUGUUACCCAUGAACUUGGUCAUAAUUUAGGUAUGCUGCAUGAUAAUCAAUCUUGUGUGUGUGAACUUCAGUUUUGCAUAAUGUAUCCUGCCAAAAUGGUAACGAAUAAAUUCAGCAACUGUAGUUAUGCCGAGUUUUGGAACAAUGUGAUGAGGAAUGGGGUUUGUCUUUACUCUCCUCCAAAUCCAGCAAAUAUUGUUAGGAUAAAGUCUUGUGGGAACCUAGUGGUCGAAGAAGGAGAAGAGUGUGACUGUGGAACCAUAGGCCAGUGUGCACGUGAUCGCUGCUGUCUGCCAGAUUGCACUCUGAAGCCUGGAGCUGCUUGUGCUUUUGGGUCUUGCUGCAAAAAAUGCAAGGUCAGGUCAGCAGGGACUUUGUGCAGAAAACAGAUCAAUCAAUGUGACCUUCCAGAGUGGUGCAAUGGGACAUCGCAUCAGUGCCCAGAAGAUGUAUAUGUGCAGGAUGGGCUUCCCUGUAGUGACAGUGCCUACUGCUAUAAAAAGAACUGUGUUAACCAUGAUGAACAGUGCAGGGAGAUUUUUGGCAAAGAUGCAAGGAGUGCAUCUCUGAGUUGCUACGAAGAAAUCAACACCCAAGGAAAUCGAUUUGGUCACUGUGGUAUCAGCGACAUAGAGUACAUAAAAUGUGCAGUCUCUGAUAUCCUGUGUGGGAGAGUUCAGUGUGAAAAUGUGCGAGUAAUUCCUAAUCUGAUUGAACAUUCCACAGUGUAUCAGUUUUACGUCAAUGACACCACUUGCUGGGGCACCGAUUAUCACAUAGGAAUGUCCAUACCUGAUAUCGGUCAGGUGAAAGAUGGCACAAUGUGUGGUCAAAAAAAGAUAUGUAUUGAUAGCAGGUGUGUCAAUAUGGUUCCUUUGUCACAAACCUGUCAUCCUGAGACCUGCCACAUGAAGGGGAUCUGCAAUAAUAAGCAACAGUGCCACUGCAACCCUGGAUGGGCACCUCCUUACUGCAAGGAUGAAGGCAAUGGAGGUAGUAAUAGUAGCGGCCCACCUGAUAAUUCCCAAGAUGAUGAGGAAGAUGAGGCAGAUGAGCCAGAACAGGCAGAAGGGGCAGAACAGACAAAAAUAGAGAAAACUCAACUGUGGCUUAUUCCUUUGAUUUGUUUAUUUGUAUGUUUCUUCCUUGUGCUAUGUAAGAAGAGUAUAAGGAAAAAGGAGCCAGAAAUGAUGACAGAAGAAGGAAUGGAAGAAGAGGAGGUGGAGGAAGAAAGUGACUAA